AUGGCUCCCCACCACGACCCACAUCUACAUGGCCGACCGACAGACGUCAUCCUCAACCCACCACCCUGCCCGACGGGCCACGCCGUCUCGGGCCUGUCCUCCCCGACCGUCGCCAGCCUGUCCCGAACGCUCCGCAUGCCAGACGGGUUGUCGGACGGCAGAGCGGCGCAGGAGGCUUGGCUGGAGCGGCAGACCCUGCUCAUCCACGGACUUGACCCGAGCGUCCGCCACAGCACCGACAUGGGAGACCGGAUCGCGGCGGUGCUCUACCGCCGCCUGCCGCUCCCGCUGGGGUUCCGGGAGCCGGCUACGGCGACGGCGACGCUGUGCCCCUGGCACAGGAGCCUGAACGCCCGCGUGAUCGGGCAGCUGUCGCGGCUGAUACGGUACGAGGUGGCGGAGCGCAGCGAGGUGUUCCGUCAGCGGUGGGCGGCGGCGGCGCGACCCCCCACGAGGCUCAACCUGUGCGCUCCCCUGGCGGACUGGAUCGGCGAGGCGGACGAGCUGGCGGGCCGUUACGGCCGCGACGAGCCCGAGGCUGGGGGGGGCCGCGUCGUCCGCGGCGGCUGCGACGCGUGCAUCUGCGCUGUCGUGGGCGGGCGCGUGAGCCUCCUCGUCGGUCUGGCCGCGAGCAUACGCGCCAGGUGCCACCGCGACCUGCGUCUGGGGAGCGUCACGCGAGAGAGGGACACCGGUCGAUCCCCGCCCCUCGACAGGGUCGUCUGGGCGUGGUUGGCCCACAUGGGCGACGAGGCCAUGGUCCGCGCCGCUCGCCGGGUCGCCGAGCUGGCCGAGCUGAUGGAGCGCACCAGGGACGAGAUCUGCCUGAGGGCCGUGGGGUCGUACGUCCAUCGCAUCGUCGCUGACAGGAGGAAAGGCCUGCUCUGGACCGACGACUCUGCUGUCCAUCUAGACCUCGCCGUGCCGCCGCCCGUCGUCACCGCCGCCCGCGACUCCGAACUCUUCUUCCCCCCGCCCGGGUCGCCCUCGUCCAUGUGCUCGGCCUACCGUCAGUCCGGAGCGCCCCCACGCUUCUUGCGUCCCGGCCUGACGUCCUUGGUCAACUUUGAUCCGCGCUGGGUUCGCGUCGAGGAGGAGGGCAAGGAGGGGGAGGAGGAGCACCGCCACCACGCAGAUGAGUACCCUGCUGUUACGCCGCCUCCUAGGGCUGCUGCCCCUCUGCCGCUGCUGCCGCCGCCGCCGUCGUAUCGUGCUAGCAAUUUAGAUUCGUUGUAUUCUCUUGAGCGGCAGCAGCAGGAGCAAUACGGUGCGGACGUUGGACGGGAACAGGAGAGGCAAGAUGGGUCAGAUGGUUCUGUGAAGCAAGAGUUCGAGGAACAAGGACGAGCACCGCGUCAUGACCUGCUCUUCCCCGGGAGACAAAGGACGUAUCCGUCCCUUAUCAGGUCGCUCAUGGACGAUAUAACGGCCAUUCUCCGUACCGCAGAGUGA